AUGCCUACAGACGAUCAAGUGCUCAUAUCCUCUUGUUUAAACACAAGUAAAGAUCUGGUUGUAGGGAAUGAGCAACGAUCCAAAGCUUUUUGGCAAAGAAUUGCCACGUACUUCGUAGCAUCACCAAAGAUUGCAGUCAGUGUAAGAAGGGAGGCCGGUCACUGCAAGAAACGUUGGCACAAGAUCAAUGAUCUUGUUGGAAAGUUCUUUGGCGCGUUCGAAGCUGCAAGCAGAGAGAGAACCAGCGGGAAAAACGAUAACGACGUUCUCAAGCUAGCGCAUGAGAUCUUCUUCAACAACCACAACAAGAAGUUCACUCUCGAACAUGCGUGGAAAGGGCUUCGAAACGAUCAGAAAUGGUGUGACUUGUCAAGUUCUAAAACGGAGAGUAGCUGUAAAAGGAGGAAUCUCGACGACAGCGCACAAUCAUCAACCUCUCAAGCCUCUAAAUCCAUGACUGAUCGUCUCCCGGGUGUUAAGGCAGCUAAGGCCAACGGUAAGAAGAGAAAGCCAAAGGAAAGGCUGUCUGCGUUUGAGGGUAUGUGGAGCAUCAGGCAGGAGGAUUUGGCUAUCAAGAAAAGGCUCUCGAAGAUGAAGCUCCUUGAUAGCUUAAUUGCAAAAGUUGAGCCGCUAGCCGAGUAUGAAGAAGCCUUGAAAAAGAAACUCAUCAAUGAGUAA